UUUUGUAGGCCAAACCCAAUCAGUCGCUCUGAAAAAUCAGAGAGCUCUGCUGCUGAUCCGUCUUCUUUGUACUCUUUGCAAAUUUCUCCGGUCCGGCAAGACCCUUUGUCGUCAUAGCUGAAGGGUUUAGCAGGGUACGAAAAUUUCAAAUUCAAGUAUUUUUUUAUUUUUAUUUUUUUUAACUGAGUAGGCCGAAUCAUUUUAGACGGAAUUACCCUCAGUGAUUGCUAAACAUCUGGAAACGUUUCGGGGAUACCAUAGUCUUCUUAUAAACUAGUGGAGAACGCCUGUCUCACACUCUCACACAGAGCCUCUUUUCCUCGCGCCAUGGCUUUCAAGCUCCCGAACCAACUCCGAGCUUUGUACACGGCAACGAACUACCACCACCACCACCGCAUUCUCUCUCCUCUCGCUGGAGCCUCACAAUCCUUCGUUUUUAGUCUCCGUAGGCUCUUCGCUGAUGUUCCGCCUCUCUCCGAUCCCUCUUCAGCUCCACCGCCUCUAUACCCUCACUCUACCAAAACCUCUUUGGCUCCCUCGUCUUUGAAUCAGUACGAGCUCGCUAAGUUCGCCGCCAUUGCCGAAACCUGGUGGGAUUCGGAAGGGCCAUUCAAACCGUUGCAUGCGUUGAAUCCUACGAGGCUCGCUUUUAUUCGGUCCACGCUUUGCCGACAUUUCAGGAGGGAUUCAUACUCUGCCAAGCCUUUUGAAGGACUAAAAUUUGUUGAUGUUGGUUGUGGUGGUGGAAUUCUUUCAGAGCCUUUAGCUCGAAUGGGUGCUACUGUAACAGGAGUUGAUGCUGUGGAGAAAAAUAUAAAAAUUGCCCGACUUCAUGCUGUAUGGCCAUUCACUAACUUAAGCCCGAUUUGGAUCCCUCAACUUCAACGAUUGAAUAUUGUUGCACAACAGCUGCUGGUCGAGGAACAGAGGACUUUUGAUGCUGUGAUUGCUUUAGAGGUAAUUGAGCAUGUAGCAGAACCUGCCGAGUUCUGCAAGUCUUUGGCAACAUUAACUGUUCCUGGUGGAGCUACUGUGAUUUCAACUAUCAAUCGAUCUAUUAGAGCAUAUGCUACUGCUAUCAUUGCGGCGGAGUAUCUUCUCCAUUGGCUUCCUAAAGGAACACAUCAAUGGUCAAGUUUUCUUACUCCUGAAGAACUAGUCUUGAUCUUGCAGCGUGCUUCAAUUUCGGUCCAAGAGAUGGCAGGAUUUGCUUACAACCCCUUGACAGGACGAUGGUCUCUAUCCGAUGAUAUUAGUGUAAAUUUCAUUGCCUUUGGUACCAAAAACAGCCAGUAAAAUAAAAAACAUAAACAGCAAACUCAAUGAAAAUUCAUUCAUCUGUUUUCUGGAUGAAAUUUUGUA